GAGAGAAAGCAUUCAUGGCAAUGGGGUUUCCAUUGUAUCUGUUCCUCCUGUUUGUUCAUCUGGCCCUGUGUUCUUCAUGGAUUCAAGGACAAACACUCCCUCGUAAGACUACUUCAGAUGUCAAUCAAGUCUUGGGCAAGUCCUUCGAUUACAUUAUUGUUGGAGGUGGCACCGCUGGCUGUCCCCUAGCCGCAACCCUGUCUGAGAAGUUCUCAGUGCUCUUGGUUGAGCGAGGUGACUCGCCGUAUGAAAAUCCCUUGAUCAUGGAAAACAAGAACUUCGGGCUCUCAUUGGUCCAAACUGACGAGCACACAUCAGUUGCACAAAGCUUCGUCUCUAAGGACGGGGUUUCCAAUCUCCGAGGAAGAGUUCUAGGAGGAGGAUCGGCUAUCAACGGCGGAUUUUUCAGCAGAGCAAGUGAAGAUUAUGUUAAAAGGGUUGGGUGGAAUAAGGAGAUGGUAUCGGAUGCUUAUAAGUGGGUGGAGUCUAGAAAUGCUUUUAAACCAAAACUGACCUCAUGGGACUACGUUGCUGAGCUUAGCCUUCUUGAGGCAGGGAUUUUUCCUUACAAUGGUUUUAGUUUGGAUCAUAUUGAGGGAACAAAGAUUGGCGCGACUAUUUAUGAUGAACAAGGACGAAGACAUACCUCAGCUGAUCUUCUUAUGGCAGGGAAUCCGAACAACAUCACACUUCUUUUGAAUGCAACUGUGACAAGCAUAAUCUUCCAUAAAAAAGGUAAAAGAAAUGAGACAAUUGUUCGAGGCAUAAGAUUCAUCAAGAGCGACGGGAGUUCUUUGCAAACCCAUGAAGCCUACCUCAACACCCAGAAGAACUUGAGUCCAACAGGCGAUGUGAUACUAGCAGCAGGGGCUUUAGGCAGCCCUCAAAUUUUGUUGUUAAGUGGUAUUGGCCCUCAGAAACACCUAAACAAGUUCGACAUUCCAGUUGCAGUAAACUUAAAAAGCGUUGGAAAAGGAAUGCAAGACAAUCCUGCCAUUGCAUUUGUACCUGACAUAGCUGACUCAAAGCCUAAAAAUUUCCCACCAGAUUCUCCCAAAGUUAUCGCCAUUGCAGACGACUUCAAACUCAUAGUUGGGUCAAUGAUUUUACCAAUUAACUUCAACGCAACAAUAAUGCUAAUCUCUGGCAAACUUGCCUUCCCAGAAUCAGAAGGACAACUUGAGCUGAACAGCACCGACCCUCGCAAAAACCCUUCAGUCACAUUCAACUAUCUGGCAACGGAGAAAGAUAUGGCAGAGUGCGUGAAGCUGGGUAGGUUGCUUGAGCAAAUUGUAAGGUCUAAAUCGAUUGCUUACUUUCUUGAGGUCGAAGGCAAACGAAGAAACGAGUCUAUGUCUACUGACGAUGAGCUAAGAAACCUUUGCAAGAACAAUGUGAAGACCUUCUACCACUAUCAUGGAGGUUGCACCAUGGGAUCGGUGGUUGACAAAAAUUACAGGGUUUUCGGUGUUGAGGGAUUGAGAGUAAUUGACGGGUCAACUUUCCUGGAAUCUCCAGGCACAAAUCCAAUGGCCACAUUGUUAAUGCUUGGACGAUACCAAGGGAUCAAGAUUCUUCAAGAGAGAGAGAAAAUGCUUAAACCCUAGCGAUGAUCGAUCUUAUAUUGAGCCUCAAGAGCUUGUAUUAGCCAUAUAAUCAAAUAAUAAUCAGGUCAAAUGAAAGCAGUAUAGCUAAAUUUUACUUAUUAUAACGCCGACCGGUCCGGUAGCUAGGCCGAACGGUUGCUCCAUGUGACACUCGAAUCCUGAUGCCUUGGAAAAACAGAAAAGACGGGUCGGCCUAUCUCCACUAGUAAGCAAAAGCCUGUAACAGCCAACGGAGACUGAAUUGUUAAUGCAUAAAAAUGGGAGAAAUGGUG